UGUCGGCCAUCUUUGACAGUACACCGGUAAAGAUGGCCGAUAAAGAUGGCUGUCACCGCUAACCAAUCACAGGCCAGCACAAUUUGUCAUACAUCGUUAAAAAAUAUGGCGCCUAUCGACAACAUUCGUUCUACGCAGAUUUCACGGUGUGCAUUUGACUGACAAAAUUUUCGACACGACCCAUUUUCGAUUUUAUUUGGAAAUAAUAAGAAAUCGAAGAAAAUAGUGAUAAAAGUACUGAAACAGAUAUGGAUAAACACAAUGGUGUCCCAAGAAUUAUAAAAUUAUCAUAAAAUGUACGGACUGCAAUAUAAACAUACGUCUAAAACAAAGUCUAUUAUACUUUCUCCAAAAAUUUGUAUCUUAUCGCGCUGAUUAGAUAUCUAAGUAAAUCAAAGCGUUUUCGUGUGAACCGGGCUCAAUAAUUUAAUUAAUGGAUGUUCGAAGUGAUGAGUAAGGACACGUAUGUGCGAAAUGUCUAAUACGAAUUUAACGUGCAAUGAUGAAGACGAAUCAUAUCCGCUGCACGAGUGCGUGUUUGGCGGCGACGUGCGGAAGCUGUCGUCGCUGCUGCGGCUGCAGGACGUGGCGCGCAAGGACAAGCACGGCAACACGGCGCUGCAUCUGGCCGUCAUGCUCGGACGCAAGGAGUGCGUGCAGCUACUGCUAGCGCAUGGUGCGCCUGUCAAGGUCAAGAACCUCACGGGUUGGUCUCCGCUCGCCGAAGCCGUCAGCUACGGCGACCGCCAAACCAUCUCGUCACUCGUACGUAAACUCAAACAACAAGCUCGCGAGCAAAUGUUACUUGGCAGGCCUGAUCUCAUCCGAGCACUUGCCCAAAUUCAAGACUUUUAUAUGGAACUAAAGUGGGAUUUCCAUUCAUGGGUACCUCUAGUCUCUAGAAUAUUACCAUCUGAUGUCUGCAAAAUUUACAAAUCUGGCUCUGGAAUUCGCUUAGAUACCACGUUGGUUGAUUUCACUGAUAUGAAGUGGGAGCGGGGUGACAUUUCCUUCAUAUUCCAAGGUGAAAAACCCCCUAGUGAGUCUCUUACAGUUUUAGACAAUAAGACCAAAGUCUAUCAGCGUGUAAGAUAUGAAGAGACAGAAAGUGAAAUAGAAGAUGAAGUUGAUAUACUUAUGUCCAGCGAUAUUAUCUCUGCGCAAAUGUCCACUAAAGGAAUCUCAUUUGCCAGAGCUCAGAGUGGCUGGAUAUUUCGUGAGGAUCGCAAAGAAACAGUUGCUGGUCAAUAUAGAAGUGAUAUCUACACUAUCACUGGCUUGGUUUUAGAAUCACGUAAAAGGCGAGAACAUUUAUCAACAGAUGACCUACAAAAAAAUAAAGCUAUCAUUGAAAGCCUCACUAAAGGUAACCCACAGAAUUUAGAAACUAAUGGUGAACCUGUCCGACGUGCAUCUCUGAAUCCACCUCCUGACUGUGGGGUAGAUUGGGCAGCAUACAUAUCAUCCUUGCCAGGGCAAUACCCUAGCUUGGGACGGGAGAUUGUUUACAAGGAAUCAUCUAGGAACUUCAGAGCUACAAUAGCUAUGAGUGAUGACUUCCCGCUCAGUGUUGACAUGCUUCUGAAUGUAUUGGAGGUUAUUGCUCCAUUCAAACAUUUUGCUAAGUUGCGCCAAUUUGUUGCCAUGAAACUGCCUAAAGGAUUUCCUGUGAAGAUUGACAUACCAAUAUUGCCUACUGUCACAGCCAAAAUAACAUUUCAAAAGUUUGAUUUUCGAGAAGAUUUGUCACCAGAGCUAUUUGUUAUACCUGAAGACUAUAUAGAGGAUCCACUCAGAUUCCCUGACUUAUGACGCAUUGAUAUUCUAACACUGUUUGAAAUAAGUGAAAGGCCAAUGUGGCGACGUGAGGGUAAACGAGGGCGCGCGUGGCGGGCCGGGCGAGGCGCGCGCUGCCGGCCCGCGGCGCCUCGUCUCGUCACCAUCGAGUUCCCCAUGCUGUUUGGCCUAGGGAGCUCCUACUCUAGCCACUGUGUCCUGUUUGUGGAGUAGCAAAAUUGCUAAAUGUCUUGUAGGUGUACAAAAUUGGUGGUAAACUGUCUGUGUGUAGUAGAAUCACCAGUGUUAGAAUAAAAUAAGUUCAUAAUUUGUGGGGAGAUCUUUAAUUUUUUUUUAGGAUAAAUAUGAACUAAAGCAGCUGACAAUUGAUGUUUUCUUGAUAUCUAUCUAUUAUCGCCGUCUACCAGAUUCAGUAUAUUAAUUGUACUGAUAAGAAAGUCAGUCAUGUGGAACUGAUCACACUAGCCUACUUAGUUUAAUGUUAUAUUAUGGAAAUGUGCACUGUUUUGCUACUGUAAUAACUAAUAACGAAUUUAUAUCUUUGUUAGUAACGGAAUUUCUACUAUAGUAGGUAAGGUACUAUAGUUAAAUACUACAGUAGCCAAAUAGUAAUUUUAACUAAAUUAUGCCCAACUGAAGAAGGCAUUCUAUUGUGAAGACAGUUGGAAGUAAUUAUUUCAAAAGCCAGUCAAUGUAAAUCAGAGUUGUAGAUAUUAGAGUAGUCAAUUCAUUGCUCAUACAUAAAAUUGCGUCCAACAUGUUUUUAAUUUUAAAUCUGUGUUAAAUCGUAUUACGUAUUUUUAUUAUUUAUGUUGUCCCACAGACUUAAAAUUUUAGAGGCAAUCAAAAACUGAAGCCAGAUUUUAUAUUAAAAUUGGCUACACGACUCUCUAGCAGGAAUAUAGGCUUUUAUUUUGUUAUUUAAAUAUGAUAAGUAUUUAUAAUAAAUUUUAUAUCUCGUGAGUAAUUAAAAAAGCUUAUAAAUUAAAGAUUCAGUUUUGCAAACUUUCUAUGAUGUCCGAUAAUAUUUCUUGUAUGCUUAUGUCUGAGAUAAAUACUGAAAAAACUGUGAAAAGAUUUCAAGAUUUGAAAGGUAUAAAGGUGACAAAACCAGAUCUUUGUUACUUCUACAAAAAUGUGUUUUAUCUCGUAAAUAUGGAGAUUUUAAAGUUUUCCUCAUCAUUUUGAACUAUAUGAAAAUUCAAUGCUGAUAAAAAUGGAGUGUUUAAGUUGUCGCCUGAGAUCAACAUAAUUAUGUUAUUAUCUGCCUAACUGGAGUGGAUAAAUACAGUACCUAUACUGUGUAUGCACUGAAGAAUAUUCUCUGCUCGUUGUUUGACCACGCCGGUUAAUGGCGACGAGGAAAACAUAUCUUUUUUAUUUAUGCCUAAAAUAGAAUUACGGUUCGGUAAGCAGACAGACUUAUUUAGUUAAAGUUUAUACAGCCUGAUUUUAAAAUAUUUGGCAGUAACGUUAUACUGUUUUAUAAAUUAGUAUGUAUUGAAAUUAUUCUACACUUUUCCAAAUAUUUAAAAAAUGACUUGUAUGCUUGUACUCAUAUGGAUCUGUAAUUCACAUACUACAGUUAGCUACCUUAUAUUUAAUUGAUUAGCACAUAACCCAAUUAAUAGAUUAGUCAUUUCACAAGGCUGUUUUAUCAGCCUGAUGUCAAAAUCCUUGUGCCUUUUGCAUUUCUGAUUUGUAGAAUGAGCUUUAGUAGAAAAACUGCACUAGAUUUCAUGGUGCAAAUAAUGUUUUUAAAAUAUAGAGUUCACCAACUAGUAACGUAUUUUGCAAAGUACUUAUUUAUUAUUUACUUAAAAUGUCGAAAGAUGUACCUCGAGUUGAAUACCAGCACUGGUAGUGUAGAAGUAGACAGCUUGUUUAGUUAAUAAUAAGUGAAUUGUAUUCUAUCAAAAUUAUCAAUAGAAUGUACAAACUUGAUUACUAUUUGAUGCACACUUGACAAUAAUAUUUGAAUCCCACCUAACAGAUUUUAUUGUUGGUUGUUAUAUGUGAAACAUAUUUUCUUGCCAAUAGUUUGAUUUUGUUACUUUUAUUAUAUUUUUAAAACGAAAACGUAAUGAGCUGUAAAUUUCAAAGAAACGUAUAAAAAUUAAGAAUGUUGUAAUAAAUAGAUACGAUAAAACA